AUGGCUGAGGGCACACUCCGGCAGAUUCUGUGUGUGCCCUCAGAUGCUCAGCCGCAGACCUUUGGGGGAAUAAAGGGGGCAGACCCACCCACCUUGCCUCCAGGCUCUUUCCUUCCUGUUCCUGUUAUAUGGUGGGGCUCCCCUAGACUUCAGAUUGAGAAGUCAGAUGAAGUUUCAAGAAAAGGAAACUAGUGGGUGACAGAGAUGGGUGGAUGGGCUGGGGAAAGGCUGUUUACUUCCUCCUGUCUAGUAGGCUUGGUCCCUUUAGGGCUGUGGAUAUCUGUGGUGACUUGUCCACUCCAGCGGGGCAUCAUGUGGCAGCUGCUCCUCCCAACUGCUCUGCUACUUCUAGUUUCAGCUGGCACGCGGACUGAAGAUUCCCCAAAGGCUGUGGUGUUCCUGGAGCCUCAAUGGCACAGGGUGCUCGAGAAGGACAAUGUGACUCUGAAGUGCCAGGGAGCCUACUCCCCUGGGGACAAUUCCACACAGUGGUUUCACAAUGGGAGCCGCAUCUCAAGCCAGGCCUCGAGCUACUUCAUUGCCACUGCCAGAGUCAACGACAGUGGAGAGUACACGUGCCGGACAAACCUCUCCACACCCAGUGACCCAGUGCAGCUAGAAGUCCAUAUCGGCUGGCUGUUGCUCCAGGCCCCUCGGUUGGUGUUCAAGGAGGAAGACCCUAUUCACCUGAGGUGUCACAGCUGGAAGAACACUGCUCUGCAUAAGGUCACAUAUUUACAGAAUGGCAAAGGCAGGAAGUAUUUUCAUCAUAAUUCUGACUUCUACAUUCCAAAUGCCAAACUCAAAGACAGCGGCUCCUACUUCUGCAGGGGGCUUAUUGGGAGUAAAAAUGUGUCUUCAGAGACUGUGAACAUCACCAUCACUCAAGGUUUGGCAGUGACCACCAUCUCAUCAUUCUUUCCACCUGGGUACCAAAUCUCUUUCUGCUUGGUGAUGGUAUUCCUUUUUGCAGUGGACACAGGACUAUAUUUCUCUGUGAAGAGAAACAUUCAAAGCUCAACAAGAGACUGGAAGGACCAUAAAUUUAAAUGGAGAAAGGACCCUCAAGACAAAUGACCCCCAUCCCAUGCAGGUAAUAAGAGCAGUGGCAGCAGCAUCUCUGAACAUUUCUCUGGAUUUGCAACCCCAUCAUCCUCAGGCCUCUCUACAAGCAGCAGGAAACAUAGAACUCAGAGCCAGAUCCGUUACCCAACUCUCGAUUUUUCCUUGGUCUCCAGUGGAAGGGAAAAGCCCAUAAUCUUCAAGCAGGGAAGCCCCAGUGAGUAGCUGCAUUCCUAGGAACUGAAGUUUCAGAGCUACACAAACACUUUUUCUGUCCCAACCAUUCCCUCACAGCAAAGCAACAAUACAGGCUAGGGAUGGUAAUCCUUUAAACAUACAAAAAUUGCUCGUAUUAUAAAUUACCCAGUUUAGAGGGAAAAAAAGAAAAUAAUUAUUCCUAAAUAAAUGGAUAAGUAGAAUUAAUGGUUGAGGCAGGGCCAUACAGAGUGUGGGAACUGCUGGGGAUCUAGGGAAUUCAGUGGGACCAAUGAAAGCAUGGCUGAGAAAUAGCAGGGUAGUCCAGGAUAGACUAAGGAAGUUGUCCCCAUCUGAGCCCAGAGAUAAGGCUGUCUUCCUAGAACAUUAGCCGUAGUGGAAUUAACAGGAAAUCAUGAGGGUGAAGUAGAAUUGAGUCUUCCCGGGGAGUCUGUCAGAACUGGACCAUCUCCAAGUAUAUAACGAUGAGCCCUCUUAAUGCUAGGAGUAGAAAAUGGUCCUAGGAAGGGGACUGAGGAUUGGGGUGGGGGUGGGGUGGAAAAGAAAGUAUAGAACAAACCCUGUGUCACUGUCCCAAGUUAAGCUAAGUGAACAGAACUAUCUCAGCUUCAGAAUGAGAAAGCCUGAGAAGAAAGAACGAACCACAAGCACACAGGAAGGAAAGCGCAGGAGGUGAAAAUGCUUUCUUGGCUGGGGCAGUAAGAAUUAGAGGUUAAGGGCAGGGACUGUAAAACCACCUUUUCUGCUUCAAUAUCUAAUUCCUGUGUAGCUUUGUUCAUUGCAUUUAUUAAACAAACGAUGUAUAACCAAUACUAAAUGUACUACUGAGCUUCGCUGAGUUAAAUUAUGAAACUUUCAAAUCCUUCAUCAUGUCAGUUCCAAUGAGGUGGGGAUGGAGAAGACAAUUGUUGCUUAUGAAAGAAAGCUUUAGCUGUCUCUGUUUUGUAAGCUUUAAGUGCAACAUUUCUUGGUUCCAAUAAAGCAUUUUACAAGAUCUUGCAUGCUACUCUUAGAUAGAAGAUGGGAAAACCAUGGUAAUAAAAUAUGAAUGAUAAAA